GGGUGCAAGGGUUUUUCAUGUUCAGCUGGAACUGCUUUUUAACCAGUGUCUCUUCUCCUUUCUCUCCUAUCCGUUGUCCCACGAUGGAUUUUCCUGCCUCGCCUUUGUGGUUGGCCUGGCUCUCUCAUCUCUGGCAUCAUCAUGACAACAGAAAAGAGCCCAGCUGCCGACGCGGACAACUCAGAGCAGCAGCAAGCCAAGGAGGAGGAAAGAGCUGCUGAAACACAGAAGCAAGAGGCUUCCCUGGAGGAAGGGGCUCAACCAGCACUGGAGAGACAGCCCCAGAGGCAGAAGGCCUCCAACGGAGACACACCCACACACGAGGAGCAGAGCAAGAAAGAACAUCGCAGCUCUGAGGGCCGGGGUCUCUCCCGCCUCUUCUCCUCCUUCCUCAGGAGGCCCAAGUCUCAGGUAUCUGAAGAGGACAAAGACACUGAUGCUCCUAAAGAGGUGAGAAGUGACCAGGACGCAGGAUUAGGAGCCAGCCCUGAUGAAGACAUCCUUGUGAAAGCCCCGAUUGCAGCUCCUGAGCCUGAGCUCAAAACCGACCCAUCGCUGGAUCUCCAUUCCUUGAGUAGUGCAGAAACACAGCCUGCUCAGGAGGAGAGGAGGGACGACCAGGAGCCAGAGGGAAGAGACCUCAAGGACAGGGAAGAAGGGGGAGCAAAGGAAGAGGGUGCCAAGCCAGAACUGAAGCCAGAGUCUCUGGAGACUAAAGCAGACAAGGAUUUGAAAGCUGCCCAAAAAGCAGUGAAAAGACACAGAAACAUGUACUGCAAAGUCGUCUUGCUGGAUGAUACCAUUUUUGAGUGUUCUGUGGACAAACAUGCCAAGGGACAGGAUCUACUUAAAAAAGUCUGUGACCACCUCAAUCUGCUGGAAGAAGACUACUUUGGUCUGGCUAUAUGGGACACACCAACCUGCAGGACGUGGCUGGAUCCUGCCAAAGAAAUAAAAAAGCAGGUUCAUGGAGGCCCCUGGGAUUUUACCUUCAAUGUCAAGUUUUAUCCGCCAGAUCCUGCCCAGCUAACAGAGGACAUCACCAGGUAUUACCUGUGUCUGCAGCUUAGACAGGACAUCCUUACAGGGCGGCUGCCCUGCUCCUUUGCCACCUUGGCUCUGCUGGGUUCCUACACGGUCCAGUCAGAGUUGGGAGACUAUGAUCCUGAUCUCCAUGGCCCAGAUUACAUCAGUGAGUUCAAACUGGCCCCAAACCAGACAAAAGAGCUUGAAGAAAAGGUUGUGGAGCUUCAUAAAACCUAUAGAUCCAUGACUCCAGCCCAAGCAGACCUGGAAUUUCUUGAGAAUGCAAAAAAACUGUCUAUGUAUGGAGUCGACCUUCACCAAGCCAAGGACUUGGAAGGAGUGGAUAUCACUCUGGGAGUCUGUUCCAGUGGCCUUCUUGUUUACAAAGAUAAGCUGAGAAUCAACCGCUUCCCAUGGCCCAAAGUCUUGAAGAUUUCCUACAAACGCAGCAGCUUCUUCAUAAAGAUUCGGCCAGGGGAGCAAGAACAGUAUGAAAGUACAAUUGGAUUCAAGCUACCAAGCUACCGGGCAGCAAAGAAGCUGUGGAAAGUAUGUGUUGAACAUCACACCUUCUUCAGGCUGACUUCCACCGAGGCCAUCCCGAAGAGCAGGUUCCUGGCGCUGGGCUCCAAGUUCCGCUACAGCGGUCGGACGCAGGCGCAGACGCGGCAGGCGAGCGCCCUGAUUGACCGGCCCGCGCCCCAGUUCGAGCGCACGGCCAGCAAGAGAGCGUCCAGGAGCCUCGAUGGAGCAGUGGCUGUGAUAACCCCAGAGCGGAGUCCCCGGCCCACUUCAGCCCCGGCCAUCGCUCAGAGCCACCCUGCAGAGCCAGCCCCAGCUAAGUCUGACGUGAAGGACAUGGCCACAUCUAAAGCAGGGAAGGAAACAGCAAAAUCUGACGUGAGACAUGAAGAAUUUCCACCAGAGAAACCCAAGGAGCCGGUGGAUGCCUCAAGGGUGAGGAAAACACACAUUGAGGUCACAGUCCCCAGCACGAAUGGUGCCCAGCCCCAGCAGCAGCCUGCAGAAAAAGAGGAAGAGCUGAUAAGAAUGAGGAAGAAGAGAUCAAAGAGGCUAGAUGGUGAAAACAUUUAUAUCAGGCAUAGCAAUUUAAUGUUGGAGGAUCUAGAUAAGACCCAGGAAGAGAUAAAGAAGCACCAUGCCAACAUCAGUGAGUUGAAGAAGAACUUCAUGGAGUCCGUCCCAGAGCCUCGGCCGAGUGAGUGGGACAAACGUUUGUCCACGCACUCCCCUUUCCGAAGCCUCAACGUCAACGGGCAGAUUCCCACGGGAGUGGAUGGAAAAAUGAGUGACUUUUUUUCCCGAGAGGAUGUGGCUGCAGUGGCAGAGUGGAGCAGUUUUAACACUGGCUUUGCGUGGGAGGGCUCAAAGCAGUCAGUAGUUUUUAGUGAGACUCCAGUGCCACCCACCUCACAGCCUUCUCCCAGCUGGCACUGUGGUGCUUGCUCCCUGAGCAGCGAGGAGGAGGAGAAAGAGGAGGAGGAGCAGGAGGAGGCGGUACCCAGCCACUCCACCGGCAAGGAGCACCUGACAUGUGGAAAGGGGGUUUGUGUGGAUGUGAAGGACUCGGAGCUCUCUGAGCCAGAGCCCCCACCCAGCCCUGCCACGCUUCCCUGGCAGCUCUGGGGAGGAGAGGAGGAGGAGGUGGCAGAGGAUGGUGAAGACAGCUUUGCCUUUAGAAAGCUGCAUGGCGAGUGUCCCAAUCCAGAUGCUCCUAACAGGCAGCCGGAGCUCAUUUGCUGCUUCCAGCCCCCGCUAGUGAAGACACAGACUGUCACCAUCUCUGACAUGUCCAGCACCAUCAAAAGUGAAAUUCCCACAAAAGAGGUCCCUAUUGUCCACACGGAGACAAAGACCAUCACCUACGAAGCUGCACAGACAGAUGGUGGCAAUGGGGAUUUAGACCCUGGCAUCCUGCUGACUGCCCAGACCAUCACUUCAGAAACCACCAGCAGCACCACCACCACCCAGAUCACCAAGACUGUGAAAGGUGGCAUUUCAGAGACACGGAUUGAGAAGAGGAUUGUCAUCACAGGAGAUGCAGAUGUAGACCAUGACCAGGUCCUGGCAGAGGCGAUCAAGGCUGCCAAGGAGCAGCACCCAGACAUGUCGGUGACCAAAGUAGUUGUGCACCAGGAGACAGAGAUCGCAGAGGAGUAGCCAGGCUGUGAAACGUUCCUGCCUGCGACACCACCAGGAAAAAGAAACCCAGCAAAACUACCAAGAAACUACCUGGAGCACAAAGACCUCAGAUUUCAGACUUGACACUCAGAGACAUUCAAAUCAUUUAUUCAGAGUUGUGCUUUGACAUUUUACUCGGGAUUUUUCCAGACUCCACUGGAUCCUAUUGGAUAUAGGCUUUUGUUUUGUUGUUGUUUUUUUUUUUUUUAUAUCUAUUGUGACAGAAAUAUGCCAUAUUUCUAACUGAAUAUUUUUUACAGGUUUUCAAUUUUGCAUUCCCUCUCACACAAAGCCUCUUCAGACACAGAAUCCCACCUCGCAGGGCUCCAGGGCUCCCUGUUUUAACUUGUAUUCCCUCCGGCUCGUCAGGGAUAACAGAGCUGUAUCCGUGCAUCUUCCCAGGGCGGGAUCCGUACGCGCCUUCACUGAGCAAUGGGCUCUUCUUCCAGGAGGGUCAGUUUAAAGAGUCAGACUUUGUGCAGCAUUUCCAAUUGCCUCUGGAUUAUUUUUGUAGCUCUGGGGAGCUCCAGCCCCGCUGCGACCCCUGGGCUGUUCCGAGCUCCCUUCCCACUGGGUUCCAGCCCUGACGUGUGAUCACAGUAGGGUUUUGUGGUGUAGCCUAUGCACACAUCUGAAUAGUUGACCAGAUUUAAGGAAUACUGGAAGUUGCUUCAAGUAUCUUAUACUGUGAAAUUUAGAGCUUUAAGAGGACUGUGAUAGCCUCUCGCCUUCUUUCCAUGUGUCUCUGCCGAAUGCUCCCCACCUGUUUGUGUUUUCUAGAUGCCAUUAAAUUAAAAAGCCCUUAGAAGUGUGUGUUUAAGGUGUUUGGACUUGGGAUGCUAUUAAGGUAGGCUUGUGCAGCACUCACAGGAACUGAGCUUUUCGGUGUCAUAGCUUUUCAGUUGUUUGUGUUCAUGAUUUUUAAAUAAGGGAGGGAUUUUGUGGUUUUUUUGUAAGUCAUGGGUUGGGUUUUUGCCUCCCCUCACAGUGCUAUUUAAAGCUGAACACAUUAGCCAUUUCCCAGAGCGUGUUUCCUACUAUCAUUUAAUUUAAACUCCUUUAGACAAUCCUUCCUAGGGCCUGCAAGCUGUAUCUGGAGAGGCUGAACAAGGAAUUUUAGGAGGUGUCAGGUGUUGCUGGUUGUGAUAGAGCUAAACCACAUGGGAAGUGUUGACACUCCCUCUUCCAUACUGGCCGGAGUGGCUGCAUUUGGCUUCAUGACCCUCUUGCUGGAAUGAAAUAUCAGGGUGGUUAUCUGAAUCUUGAGGCUGAGCUUACAGACCCCCAGAGCCAUCUCCAGCACAGAGGGGGUGAUGCCAAAACAUGAUUUCAGGGGCUGGAUGUGCUUCCACUGCUGCUCUUUCAGCUUUGUGGGAAUGUUCUUGCCUGGUUUGUCCUUCCACCAUUUAAAUUCAAGAUUCAAGAAGCAAAAAACUAAUCAAGCUCUCUAAGGAGUCUGCCCAGACACUUGUGAAUAUUUUAGUCCACUUGAGGUUGUGAUUUUUUUUUUUUUAAAUGUAUAAAUAUACAUAUAUAUAUAGUGUGGCACAGUGGUAGCUGAGGGCAGGGAGUGCUCUGCUCCUCAGGUGGGGAUGGGAAGAAAAUGGCAAUAAAGAAAAAAAUCUCUCCAGUUUUAAAUUAGAAUAACGUAUUUCAGAAGUCACUGGGUUUAGCUCAGGUUGCAAUGGCUCCACUGUUUAGCUGCAACAGUUCUGCAAACAGAACUACCCUGGGGCCAGUGCAGCUUCCCAGCUUCAGGUGCAAUUUUAAUUAAACUGUCAGUAUUGAUUGGAGACUGCUGGAGAUGCUGGAUUCCUUCUCUCUUUGAGCUUUGCUGGCCCUGGGUCCUGCUCAGCCUCCAGCCUUCCUGUGCCAGCAGCUGCCUCUGGGCUGCUCUGGUGCAGGGUCCCCUCCUGGGAUGCUCUGGGGACUUGGGGAGUGCUGGGCUGUAAUGCAGAGAUGAAUUCUUCCUACCCAUGUCUCAGCUUAGUCAGAUAAAGCUUGCCUUAAACACCCAUCGUGCUGAGCACCCUCUGGCACUGUCCUUUUUCCUGGGAAUUGAGUUCUUUGCCGUUCAGUCUUCUGUUCUCACUUGUAACAGCCACCUGAGGUGUGAAGGGGCACGUGGAGCAGUGGCUGAGAGGAUUUCUGGGUUUUACCAGGCAGAGUGAUAAAUUAAGUUUGUCCAUAGCACUUAAAGGCGCUUGGCUGUCAGAAUUUAGGGGAAUGUGGAGCCUGGGUGUUUCCUUGGGGUGUCCCAUGCCCUGAGCACGAUGAAUAGGUCAAAACACCCCAAGCAGGCGAUUUCUGGGGUGAGAAACCUGCUGGCAGGAGAGGUGGUUCCUUUCCAAAAGGAUGUGCUCACUGUGGCUGCAGAUGUCCCUUGUUGAAGGGCCCAUAGACUAGAAUGACCCUAUUUUUAUUUUUCCCCCUGGAUUUUGGGUGGCUGUUUCCAGGUUGUCCAUUUUCGCACUUCUCCUUGUCGAGUUCUUGCUUCUUCUGGGGUAAUUUAAACAAAUCAUGGCCUCAUGUGCCCUUUUCCAUCACCUGCUGUCUGACCUCAGGAGUUUCCAGCCCUGCUCCUGCCAACACUGUGCCCGAGCCCAGGAGCUGGACAGGAGCCUGGGAAGAAGAUAAAAGCAGAAGCAGCUUCUCUCAGCCAAGGCUGUGGUGGGGCUGCCCGCUCCCAUUCUGUGGAGGUGGAUAAGCCCCCUAGGCCCUUGCCCUGGAGGGAUGUCCCUUGAAUGAAAUGUGAUAAGCUCAUCUCAGCCCCUCCUGGAGACAGGACCUAGAUGAGGCAGCUCUCUCUCAGGUCAGAACAAGGCACCCAUAAUGCUUUGAUCCACUUUCCCAAACCCAUUGGUUCUUUCCCCUUUGGUACCACGCCUGCUUUCCCCCAUAAAUACCCCAGAGUUUAUCCUGCUCAGAAGGGAGCUGCCGUCCCUGGCCACCCCAUCACAGGGUAAUAAAAGCUGUCCUCUGGAAGUGCUGCACGGCACUUCUGUCUGUUCCUGAGUCAGCCUGGGAGAACCUCGUGAGGCAGAGCUGUGAUCAGCGCUAAGAGCAGAAUCCACUGCUAAGAGCAGAAACCUCUGCUAAGAGCAGAAUCCUCUGCUAAGAGCUGAUCCCUGGCAGCCCCUGGCCGCCCCAGACCCCCAAGGCCAUCUCUAGUGAGAUCUCUCUCUCUGGGCAGAGAGCAGGGGUCCGAGUCAGGCUGCAGAAUCACACCAUUCCACCUCUGAUGGGAUUUAAAAUCCUUGGCUCUGAGCAUGCUGUGUCAGCUCUAGGGACAAACCAGCUAAGUAAGGUCUAUUUAUAUGAAUGUUCCCAGCUCUUCCCACUCCACAAAUUCACCCAGAGACUGUCUUGAUUGUAUAAUAUACAUUAUAUGGAAGCUAUUUAUAUAUGAAUGAAUGUUUUUAUAGAAAGGAAGGCAAGGAGCUCCUGUUCUCCUCCAUUAAAGUGGAACAGCAACUCAGGUUGCCCAGUAGCAAUCCCUGGCCAACAGAGAUGUGUUAGCAAAGGACUGACUGAUUUCUGGUUUUGAUAAACUGUGGUUUGCUGAUUUUCCUAAUUGUACAAUUACCUUAAGAGGUGGUAGUGUCCCAGCCGUAGAGAUGAAACUUGUAAAAAACUAAAGGAAUAAAUGAUUUAGUUGAGAAGAGAAAGGAGCUUCAUAAAAAAUUUUUAAGGCAAUUGUGAAUUGUCUAGGUUAGGCGUUUACACUAUAAAAAUAGGAACUUCUAAAGCUGGCAAAACUUUCUAGAUCAAUUAGUGAUGGGAGCUGUUAUUUUGGAUUUUCAUAGUGAAUCAAAGGGAAAGUUGCCAUAGCAUUUAGGCAGACCUAAGUGUUCAGUAUUGCUUCUUGUAUUGCAUUUUUCAAUAAAUUUUCAAACAAAACUGUC